AUGCCAAACAGCACCACCCACAGUGCUGUCGCCAUGAGCGAUGGCUGCGCCUGCUUGUCCGGCACAGACAGCAACGCGAAUGCCUGGAUCCAGAAGUCGUGCAACAGUUGCGAUGGCGCCUCCACCACCUCGGUCGAUUGGACACUCGGGUGCAACGCAGACUGCUCCGUCUGUGAUGGUGUUUCUGGCAACACUACCUAUGGCGACGGAGUUGACAUGGCUGAUUUCUUCACCAGCGGCGAUUGCAUUGGUUACACGCACGUGCCUCCAUCGACGUUCGUCUUGGACAAUGGAGGCAAUGCGUCGAGUCGCUUUAUCGACGCUAUAUUCUUCUGGCUUCCCGUUGCGGACUCCAGCUCCAGCGAGGCGGGAUCAGCAGGGCUUGCCCCUUUCGCGCCAGGCCAGUGGCUCGCUCCUGUUCCCAGGAUCAACCCCGGGAGCGCACGCAUCGCCCACGAGCUGCUUCAAAUCGCCCGCCCCCUUCUCCACGGCGGCCGCCUCGGGCGCCGCCUCGCGCUCUGCCUUUGAGCGCUCAGCCGCUCGCACGCCCGGUGAAUUCUCACCGCAAUACGUGCCGAGCGGUGCCUUUGCGGGCGGUGCCUCCGAGACAGUGCGCGGCCAGCUCGACGCGCCUCCUCUCCAAUCGCUCCACGACCUCGCUCCGGGAAGCGGCGACGUGUCUGCUGCCACCUCGCAACCGGCCCCUUCCCUCGCUCCGUCUUCCCUCGCUCCGUCUCAGCCGGCGUCGAGCGAGGGGGGGCACUGGGUGACCAUCUUUGGCUACCACUCGGUCGCGAUGGUCCCCCAGGUGCUUGCCCUGCUCCGUCCCUCUGGCGGGCAGGUUGUCCAGCAGGUACCCGGCUCGGGGGCGUGGCUGCACCUGCGACUGGCGACGUGGCAACAGCAGCAAGAGGUCCUCGCCCGCCACGGCGCCGUCCUCCACGGCUGUAUGAUUGGCGUCAUCGCUGGCGUCGUCCCCUCGGGGUCGAUGGGUGCCUCGGCCGCCGCGGCGGGCCCUUUCCAGCCCGCGGCAGCGGCGG